AUGCAGCAGCAAAUUGGUCACUGUGUAGGCAUUUCUUUUGCUGCAUUUCAGCACAUAAUGCAACAACAAAUUACUUGCAAACUGGUCCAUUUUAGCUGUUUUUUUUCAGCAGCUAAUGCAGCUAUAGAUCAAAUCAUUUUCAGCACAAUUUUAGACCAGUUUCACCAUCGAGAUGAAUCUAUGAAUGGCAGAAAGGGUGGAGAAGAGGGGGAAGGGAAUGAGGUUGCGCGUUGGUGGUCGCGCGGCGGCUCCGGUUCACCGGAGAUGGAGCUCCUCGCCGGAGCAGCGGGAGGGGGAGGACGAAGCGGGGUGUUGUGGGCUGGUUUCGUGGCUGGUGGUGGAGACGGUGGUGGUCGGCUGUGGGUUCAGUGGAGUGGUGGUGUGCGGGAGAUGGCGGCUGGAGAGUGGAGGGAGAUGGGAAAUGUUUUUAUUACGUUUAGCAAUCUGAGUGUUUAUCGAGAUGAAUCUAUGAAUGGCAGAAAGGGUGGAGAAGAGGGGGAAGGGAAUGAGGUUGCGCGUUGGUGGUCGCGCGGCGGCUCCGGUUCACCGGAGAUGGAGCUCCUCGCCGGAGCAGCGGGAGGGGGAGGACGAAGCGGGGUGUUGUGGGCUGGUUUCGUGGCUGGUGGUGGAGACGGUGGUGGUCGGCUGUGGGUUCAGUGGAGUGGUGGUGUGCGGGAGAUGGCGGCUGGAGAGUGGAGGGAGAUGGGAAAUGUUUUUAUUACGUUUAGCAAUCUGAGUAGCUAA